GCAAGUUGCUGCACACACAGCGCGGUGCACGGCUUGAUGCCAUGGCACUUCCGAAUAUGCCAAGGACCACGCGUUGCUGCACUGGCACGGGCAGGCACCCGAUGCGGCCGUUGCCUCUAAUCCGAGAGGCUCAACCGUCAGAGCUGCGUGCCUGUGCUUCGUUGCUGGCCGAAGCCCUUGUGCCGAACGGCGGCGAGACUUCGCUUGGCAAGGUCCGCCGCUUGUUGAUGGCAAUCCUGGUGGAAAUCUCUCUAGUGCAACGAAUGAUGAUUGGAGCUUUCCAUGAGGGGAGACGAUCCUCGCAGAACUAUCAGCUCCUUCUGGUCGAUGGAAACAGUGGGCCUCAAGCCGUUUGCGAGCUGCAAACAGAUGGGAACACCAUGAAGCUGUCCAGCCUGGCGGUCCGCGCCAGCUGCCGCCGGCGGGGCCUGGCGCGCAGGCUGCUGCGGCGCACGGUGCGGAGGGCGAAGAAGCUGCGGUGCCAGGCGGUCCAACUGGACGUCUACGAAGACAACGUUCCGGCCACGGAUCUUUACCGAUCGGUGGGCUUCCGGCGCUUCGGUUGGACACCAGUUGUAAACUUGGAGCUGGAAGCGUUGUUGGGGAGAACUUGUGGUCGCUGGCGCUUAAACCUUCUCUCGGAGGAGAUGGAUGCGGACUCCGCUCUUGCGGAUGCGGAGGCAGCGCCCACGCUGGCGGACUUGGGGGCAGAGCUGAGCAAAAGACUUCUGUACCAGGUGUUCCUUGGGAUGGUUCUCUCGUCACUCUUCCAAGCAGCUUUUGGACAAGGUUGAAGGUCAAGUUGAUCUUGGUGCGCAGGCCCGAAUUGGCUCUUCAGUUUCUUGUAUCACGGGGUUUCAGUUAAUUAGCCGCUCAUCAGACGGAGUGUGGAAGGAACCCUAGGCCCCAUGUGAUGCAUUUCAAGAUACACGCCUCGUUUGCGGUCCCAACUGGAAGGUGUGUGCCUCAGAUUACGAGCCAGACAUUGAUGAUAUGCGAAAGCAAGUGCGCAUAAAGUAGCAAGCGUUUUGCUUCUUCGUCUCUCUACCUUUGUGUUGCAACCAGCUUUGCGUGUGCUUUCUUAAAGCUUUGACCACCCCAUACUACUAAGCCGACCGCCCCGAUCGCGCAGCUCAAAACGGGGCGACCGCGGUCUAUGAGAUACAAGAACCGAUGAAGAAAAGCACUUGAUUGUGGGCCCAGACGGGGGCACGAAGAGGACGCCUGGACCCGCAGCUCGCUGCGGCACGAAGAGCGCUGAAUCACGAGACAUCUGGUGGCGAGAGCAUCGUCGAUUUCAUUCCUUCACGAAAGGCAGAGCGUCAGAGAGAUGUCAGAGAGAGGGGGAGCAGAAGACGAGACGACUAGGUUCAGAGCCAGAAACUUCUUGUUUUUCAAUCUAACUUGCCAUGGCAAAGAAGCGCCGCGCACAGUUUGCCGAUUUCAGAGAUCUCAAAGAUCAACACCAAAAUCUCUUCGGCUUGUUGGUGCAUCUGGCACAGUGCUUCCCUCAGCUACCCAAAAAUCAUUGGGGCCAGGCAUGGCGGCAUGGCCACAGGUAGUGCGAUACAUUCAAUUCUGGACCUUGAUCCAUGCUCAUUAGCAUUCUCAUAUUAUCAUCCACUAGCAUCAUCGUUUCUGUCGUGUUUGAUUUUUGCUUUCAUUGCUUUUGGAGUUGGAGUCUUGGCGAUGUCGUCAGAUGUUUCCCAGCACAUCGCGGCAAUUUUUUUGGAAGCGUGACGUGGAGCCCGAAUUUCUCCACGAGGUGCAAGCUCCAAGAAGAAAAGGGAGAGGACCCUACGCACAA